UCAUAGAUAUGUGAUUCAACAAAUACCUAGAAGAAACAAACUAAUGAGACUACAAACAAUGGACAGCAAAGUAAGAAUGAAGAUAUAUUUGAUAUUAUUAAUCGUCGGUAGUAACGAAGGAAAUCGAGAAUUGAGGCUACUGGGGAUGUUGCCAAAGACAGGGUCGGGUUGGGUUGGAGGUGAUUCAUGUCAAGUUGCUGUCAGAAUGGCACUGGACGACAUCAAUAAUAACAAGAAUAUCCUAACAGAUUAUAAUCUAACAUACGACUGGUAUGACAGUAAGUGUGAUCCAGGGACAUCAGUAUAUCAGAUGUUCGAGAUAUUUCACGAGAAUCCACCCUACCAUAUGCUCCUGGGCGGCGGAUGUUCGAUCACUUCUGAGGCUACGUCACAAGUGUCAUAUCUGUGGAAUAUAACCCAGUUUUCUUAUGGCUCCUCAUCGCCAAUACUUUCAGACAGGAAAAGAUUCCCGCGUUUUUUCCGAAUAGCUUUACCCGACCAGAAACUAAAUCCGGCACGUAUAGACCUGAUGAGAACAUUUAACUGGAAGAAAGUUGCAACCAUCAAUCAAGCUUUGGAGUUCUUCUCAGUAGUUAUAGAUGACUUUGUACAGAGAGUACAAGGAACUGAGAUUACUAUAAUAUCACAGGAGAUAUUUGUGAACGACCCUCUUACACGAGUACAAAAUCUAAAGACACACGAUGCACGGAUUAUCAUGACAGCAAUGUAUGAGCAUAAAGCACGAGAUGUUCUCUGUGCGGCUUACAAAGUUGGGUUGUACGGGCCAAAGAUUGUAUGGGUAUUCGUUGGAUGGUUUUCGUCGUUUUUCUGGAGAAUAAAUUUAGAAAACGUUGGGUGCACUGUACAAGAAAUGGACCUUGCAGCCGAAGGAUCCUUUAUAACUGGACCUGUUUAUCAAAACCCUAUAGAAGAGCGUGGAGUUGCUAACCUUACCGCUAAAGAGUUCGAUGCGUUGUAUCACAGCCAUAGUACGUACCUACCAGCAUAUAAGUCCAAUGACUUUGUGGCCCACCAAUGUUAUGACAACAUAUGGGUGUCGGCAAUUGCAUUUAAUUGUACUAUAAAAAGGAUGGCAGAAAUUGGUCAUCCUAAAACUCUGGAUAUGUUCGAAUAUGCCGAUAGAGACAUCAAUGAUAUUAUAUUUGAAUGUAUGGGCAAUACGUCAAUGACAGGCGUAUCGGGACAAAUUGUUUUCACUGAAGGUGCAGAUCCUAACAGAAUUGUCAAAAUGGAGCGCAUUCAAGGUGGAACACGGGAGCUGAUUGGUCAUUACAGACAAGAUAAAUUUCCAAAUGGUUACUUUGAAUGGAUUGAAGAUUCAAUCAAAUGGAAAGAUGGAAAUAUACCACGUGAUUCAACGUUAGUCACGCAGAGGGAAGUGAAGAUUCCGUUAACACUCUACAUACCAGUGUGCGUACUGUCUGCAAUCGGGAUUUGUCUGGCAAUCUCCUUCUUUGCCUUCAAUAUCAUUUAUAGACAAAACAGGAAUGUGAAGCUGUCAUCGCCAAAUAUUAACAAUAUUAUACUUUUGGGAUGUGUUUUAUGCUACAGCUCUGUCUUCGUUCAAACAACGGAAGCUGAUAGUUCUGUCACUUGUCUGACACGUAAACUUUUAUUCAGCCUUGGAUUCACGGUGACAUUUGGAGGAUUAUUCUCUAAAACUUGGCGGGUUUACCGAAUAUUUACAAAUAAGAAGCUUCUCAAACGGACAAUAAAGGACUACCAGUUACUGGCUAUAGUUGGUGGGUUGGUUGGUGUUGUGCUGAUGGUGAUGAUUUUAUGGGCAAUCAUCGCUCCACAUACGAUCAUUGUCAAUUAUCUCGAUAAACAGGUGUACUUGAUAGGUAACGAUGCUGAAGUGCACUUGUUUGUACGUGUCUGCCAUUCAGAAUACUCUUCGUAUUUUGGAUGGGUUUUAUACAUUAUACAAGGGGCCUUGCUUUCGUUCGGUGCAUUCCUUGCAUGGGAAACAAGACAUGUGAAGAUACAGGCUUUAAACGAUUCUCACCAAAUUGGUUUGUGUUUGUACAACGUGGUCAUUCUCAGUGCUGUCGGCCUCACACUGUCGUUACUCCUGGCUGACCAAGAAGUCAUGAUGUAUGGUAUAACAUCCGGUUGUCUGAUUAUCGGUACUACUUUAACACAAGUUGUGAUUUUCAUUCCGAAGAUACACGCUGUAUACCACAAAGUAGACACCAAUAUUACGACAAUGAGUACAGGUGUAGCUGCAACGUCAAUGAACAACGAUUCACGUACACACGAGAACGAAGGCGUUUCAUAGUCCUGAGAACAACUACAAUAAGAACAGUGUCUGCUUUAAAAACUAAAAUCCUAAUUUAGAUAACUCAUUUAUACAUUCAAAACAAUAGUAAUUUUUAAAGAUAGUUUUAUCACUUUGAUUAUGAUAAAAGUUUGAAGCUUAUUUGCAAAUGAGCUACCAUUACUGGUGUCAUAUGAAGAAACAUGGACUUGACCCCAGGGAGUCUCGAACACAAAAUCCCUUGAUUGGGAACCAGAUACCAUAACAACUACCGGCCCCAUUCCCCACCACACCUCCUCCUUCACUGUCCAUUAAUUCUUGAAAAUACGAAGCAAUUCGGCAUUUUCGAACCACUGUGUGUGAGCAUUGCCAAGGGCGACAAGAAAGACAUGUUUGAUUGAGUACAGCGAGUAUUUCAUUCGAAGAAAAGUGUUAAUCAGGCAUCAUAUUUUUUCAGACAAGAAUUUAAGUCCAUUUUUGGUGUUACAUUUGCUACUCUUGAAAAGCUUGUUUUACCCUUUUCAGCCCACAUAUGUAAAAAGUCUUCUAAAUGUUUCUUGGACGUUUAAUUGCUCAUGAUGAAUGUUCCAUAUAGAAAUAAUAAAUCCAUUUCACACAUUCUGCUUCUUCUGUUACAGUAUAUAAAUACCGAUUACAAUGUAACAUAUUUUGUCAUUAUUCUUAAGAUAUUUAUUAUUUAUUUACGUUUUCCGGUGAGCUUAAAAAAUCAGUAAGAUUUAUGUCAUAUCACACUGUUUGAAAUUGAAUAAGAUAUAGAAUUUGUGUCCCCGUUCUAUGAAAUUUAAUAUAUAACAAAGAAAAACGCGAAGCA